UUAUUUUUUUUAUUUUGGGAUCACUGAAAAUAAAAGAAGAACAUUAAAUUUAAAUAUGAGUAUCUGUCGUAUGUGUGGUGAUGAGAAACCUAAAGAAGAUCUCGUUAUAUCGCUGAAUGAUGUCAUCGCACCAAAUCAGGAUCUUCUAUUCGUAGACAUCGUAGAGUUUUAUACUCGAAUUGAAUUUGAUAAGAAUAAAGCACUUCCUGAUCUUGUGUGUAAUGUUUGUAAGACAACUAUUGGGGCAUUCUCUAUGUUUACAUUAAAAGUGGAAGAGGCUCAAAUGCUCUUCAAGGAGCAGAGCUGUACAAAAAAUUACAGAAGCCCGGAUAAAAUGGAUGAAAAACCGUUUCUGAAAGAUAAAUCUCCUGAAGCCAUUAAAAGUGCAGGAUGUGAUGAAAAGGAUUUUGAUGUAUCAGAUGAUUCAUUUAAAGAUUGCGAGGGAGACAGUGGCUCUGAAUUAAAAGAAAGCAAUUCUGUUGAGGAUGAUUGUGAGGAUUCUGGGCUAAAAAGUAAAAGAAUAAGAAAGCAAAAAGUUUUCUUCGAUCCAUCGAUUACUUUUGAGACAACUAAAGAGCCAAAGAUUAAGAAACGUAGAAUGAGUAUGUUUCAUGAGCGUCCAGAACCUGAAAAGGAAUCUCCAAUACCAUUCAAGAGGGUUCGUAGCUUGAGCUUUUACAGCGAGGUACCAUUGAAAAAUACUUCAAAAUGCAGUAUUUCUGAGAGUAUCAAAAAGGUUGAAGAAAUUUUUCGAAACAUUCCGAAAAGUAAAUUACAACCAUUCGAAAACAUAAUGAUUGAUAAAUCAAAGUUGUUAGCAGACAAUGAAGUUCCACGACUUUGGCUCACCAGAUUUAAACACUUUCAGUCUUGGGACAACUUUUUGUAUAAAUGCCAUGAACAUUGUGAUGAAAAAAUUCGAGGUCUUCAUAAAUUUAUAAAUCAUUACAUUCUUCAUAAUGUCUCAAUGGCGAAAUAUUCUGUAUCAUGUCAUUUAUGUGAGCACAGAACUUUCGCAGGACCCAAAGGUUUCAACAGCUACGUCAACCAUAUGACAAGACACAACGAAUGCUUGAAGUUUUGUUGCAUUGUAUGCUCCAAAGUCUUCUUUGAUGUUCCAAGUUUAGCUAAGCAUUAUCAUGUGCAACAUCCAGGAGAUUAUCCCAGAAACAUAGGAAUUUAUAAAUGCUUAGAUUGUGGACUUUGUUGUCAAAGUAUAGGCCAUUUGAAGAGUCACAUUAAAUAUAGCCAUAAAUAUUAAAUGUAGAUUUAGAGUGUUUUUUUCAUCACAAUAUGUUUAAUAAAUUAAUACUGAUUAUGUGGAUUGAAUUCAAAUAAACCAAAUAAAAAUGAAUAAUUUGAAAAUAAA